GUAGUGGUGGUGGUAACGGUGGUGGUGGUGGUAACGGAGGAGGUAGCGUCGAGGGUAUGUCUUCGUCGGCCUCUCAAAGCCCCGACAUCGCGUGCGCGAGCCUACCGCUGGAACUGCUCGCGGCUGGCGCGCUCGGCGUCAAGGAGGAGCGAGACCUCGCCGCCGCGGAGGACCUGUCGUCGUCCCAGGAUCCGCCGAGCGUCGGCGGAGGUGGUGGCGGUGAUAGUGGCGGCGGCGGCGGCGGUGGCGGCGGUGGCGUUAGCAGUGCCAGCGGAAUCGGAAGCAACGACGGCGGCGGACGCGCCGUCGGUAGCGACAACGGCAACGGCAACGGCAACGGUAGUAACGGCGGCAGCAGCGGUGGCGGUGGAGGCGGCGGCGGCGGUAGUGGCAGUGGUGGUAGUAGUAGUAGUGGCGGCGGUGGCAGGCAGAGCGCGCGGGAGUCCCUGUCGGUGAUCGUGCCGCCUCAGGACGUGGACGUGGACUCGCGCGACGCCGACGACUCGGAGCUCCUCAGUCCGGGCAAGCUAACGCCUACGUCCGGGAUAAGCGUGUCGGUCGCGAGUAUGAUCGACGCGACGGACUUCAGGGCGAUGCAGCCGGAGCCGACGUAUCAGACACUUACCUCGGUGGCCGAAAGGAUGUCGCCGCCUGGCUUCAGUCCGGGCUCGUCGUACGCCACGUUGACGCCGCUGCAGCCGUUACCGCCGAUUUCUACGAUGAGCGACAAGUUCGUUUACGGCGGUCACGCGGCCGGCGGCGUCACCGGCAGUUUCGCCGUAAUGCAGAACAACGGCCUGGGUAACAUCGGCCUCGGUAUGGGCGGCUCGCCCUAUGCGUAUGACAAAUUACCCUCGAUGGGCAUGUCGCCGCCACACAAUUAUCCAUCGCCGGGCGCGGGUCUCCAACCGAGCCCCUUGUCGCCGCAGAGCGCGUACAGCCAGAGCGGCCUUAAUUCGCCGCACAAAUCCUCCGCGAGUCCCCAUUACGAUCCGGCGUUUUUACCACGGUUGCAGCAGAGUCCGGCGGCGCUCAGCCCGUCCUCGCCGCCGGCGGUUACCGCGACAGCGAGUUUCGCGCCAUCGCAUCAUUCACCGCCCGGCACGCAUUCGGUGCCGAGCGCGGCGUCGCCGCCCCCGACUAUGCAGACGCAGCUGCAGCAACAGCAGCAACAGCAACAGCAGCAACAGCAGCAGCAACAGCAGCAACAAUCGAUACCGCAGCAGCAGCAGCAGCAGCAGCAGCAGCAAACGAUAUCGCACACGCAACACGUGCAACAUACGUCAGUGGUGAUGAAGACGGUGUCUACGGCGAGUAACGGCGGCGCCGGAGAAGUCGAGGAGAUUAACACGAAGGAGCUCGCGCAGCGGAUCAGCGCCGAGCUCAAGAGGUACAGCAUACCGCAGGCCAUCUUCGCGCAGCGUGUGCUGUGUCGGAGCCAGGGCACCCUCAGCGAUUUGCUGCGCAACCCGAAACCCUGGUCCAAGCUCAAGAGCGGCCGCGAGACCUUCCGGCGGAUGUGGAAGUGGCUGCAGGAACCCGAGUUUCAGAGAAUGUCGGCCUUGCGGCUAGCAGCCCUGAGCAACUGCUCUGAGAGCGGAGGUGAGCCGGACGCUAUGCUGGACAUGCACCAUCCAGGAACCGGGAUCGACUCGCACCAUCCGCAGUUUCACAACUCCUAUGCUGCACAGAUUCCACAACGCGGAACAUGCAAGAGGAAAGACGAGAUGGCGAACCAGGCAGAACACCAACAGCCCGCCCCCAAGAAACCGCGGCUGGUUUUCACAGACCUUCAGCGCCGUACUCUACAGGCUAUUUUUAAAGAGACCAAGAGGCCGUCGAAGGAGAUGCAGGUGACAAUCGCGAGGCAAUUGGGCCUGGAACCGACGACGGUCGGCAACUUCUUCAUGAACGCCCGACGCCGCUCCAUGGACAAAUGGAAGGACGAGGAUCCGAAGACGGUGGCGGUCGAGGAGGAACAGUUGUCGCCCACGAUAGGCAUCGGACAGCGCCAACCGAGCGAUGUUUUGUGACACACAUCCGACCACGAGGAGUACCACGACGAGUCGCCAGACGAGGAUCUGCCCUUCUCGUAAGGGCGGUGUACUACCUCGUGGACAUAUCCUUGUCGACACAUUCGAUCGAAAAGAGCAGAUAUUUUUUAAGCGCUAUUUUAUGCCUAGAGGCCUUUGUAAGUAGUCUCCCUGUUCGACGAUCGGAAUAUUACCGAGAUCGAUUCGGAACAUAAUUAAUUUCUGAAUCAAUAUUAAAUUUCUUACUUUAUUUAUUUCAUAUUGAAUUUUUAUUUGUUCGCCAUCUACUUUGGCGCUGUUAUCGAGAACCUAUUAACUAUGUAUAAAGCAAAAUUGAAAUUUAUUUAAAAAUAUCGUUUCUGUCUAGAAAAAUUUUAUUUUAUGUAUAUUUUAAAAUUUUAAAAAAAUUUUUAUUAUUAACUAUUAUUUAUAUAUUUAUCGACGAUCGAAUUGUGUCGAACAAGAACGUCCUAGCCGCUGAAUGCGAUCGAUCAUCAGCAGCUCCCGCGAAUGUGAUCGCGAAACCGAUCCAAAUCAGAUCCGUUGCUAUGAUUCGGCGUUUUUUUGUUUUUGUUUUUUAGGCUGGUGCGUUUCCGAGUAUUUGCGAUUGAUAGAUUGUAUCAUAUUAAGGCUCUUAAGUCAAUGUUCAAAGUCGGGAAACGGGCGAGUCGAUUGUAUCGAAGAGCUAAGAAUGACGAUUACACAAAAACAAUGAAUCCCUCUAUUUAUAAUUUUUAAACAGAGUUAUUUUUAUUUAUUUCUCAACGUAACGUCACAGUAAAUAAGUUAGCUGUAUCUGAAUAAUUUCGUGAAUAAUUCUAAGCUAAGGACUCGCAUACGAGAUAAAGAUUCAUUCGUAUGUCGACUUUGAAUACCUCGCAAACUCUGUGCCAUAGUUUGCCAUAUUAGCAUAAGUUGAUCUGGACUUUUUGUGCCCGAUUUUUAACGUUCUAGUCUAUCGUAAUAUGUUUUAGGGAGAGAACAUUUGCCGUUUCAAUUCGCGGAAGCGGCUUCUCACUUCUAGUCAGAAAACUCUGAAGCUUCAAUUCUAAAUCUGUUUUCGGUGCUGAUAGCGCCGAGAAAAUCGUUUCGAGGAUGCUCACGUUUUCUUUUCGCGGUUAAAGUUGAAUUUAUUCGUUGCCCGAAAUACGAGAUAAGUUUAGUUUAGCGAAGUCUAUCUCUCGAGAUACUUGAUUGUUAUCUUAUUUCUUAAGAGUAGAAUAGUCGCUGCUUUAAAAGGAUCGAGAGAUCGCGAAGGCAAACAUGUAAUAUUUGCGCUUGUCGCGCGAAAUUCUAAGCGCUCUGACAAUCGAGUGAACAUUUAGAUAACGCUCGUUUUCUACUUUUUCUUAAUCCGCGAGAUCAGGGACGAGAGGUUGUAAAAUUUAUAGAGAUGCUCCGAUACUCAAUAAAGAUACUAAUUAAAGCAGCGACUUUAAGCGUCAUACUAAUUAAAAAAGAUCCUACUGUGUGUUGACUCUUUUAAUAUUUUCGUUCGAGGCCAUAUAUAUUUAUAACUUAUUUCGUUUUUUGUUUUAUUAAAUAAAUAAGUUGGUAGAUUUUCAUAUAUA